ACGGUAAUAUCAACAACAACAGAGAAGCUGCGCUAACAAAAUCGGACUGUUUCCCUGCACUGUUUGAGGUCUGUUCCACCAUACCACACAGUGAUGUUCAGUGAAGCCAUGAAUGAAGUUGAGGAGAAACAUCAGUGUCAGAAACCUCAGAAUCUUGUAAAGCUUGAAAUGUCUUCUAGUAGUUUGCAGAAGAACAAGAUUUUAUCACCAAAUAGGAAACAAAUAACUGAAGCAGGCGAGCCUACCUGCGCUCAGUGUGGAAAAUGUUUCAAAUACAAUUGUCUUCUUCAGAGACACAUGAAAAUUCACAGUGAAGAGCGACCGUACGCAUGUCCUCAGUGUGGAAAGAGUUUCAUACAGAAAAGUCAUCUUAAGGAGCACAUGAGAAUUCACACAGAAGAGCGUCCAUACAUGUGUCCUCAGUGUGGAAAGAGUUUCAACUGCAAAUCAACGCUUAAAAAGCACAUCAGAAUUCACACUGGAGAGCGUCCAUACUCAUGUCCUCAGUGUGUUAAGAGUUUCACACGCAAAUCAACGCUUGAUGAGCACAUGAGAACUCACACUGGAGAGCGCAGACACACUUGUAAUCAGUGUGGAAAGAGUUUCAGACAGAAAUCAACGCUUGAGAAUCACAUGCGAAUUCACACUGGAGAGCGACCAUACGUGUGUCCUCAGUGUGGAAAGAGUUUUAAAUACAGAUCAACGCAUGAGGAGCACAUGAAAAUUCACAAUAAAAAGUGCAGAUACACAUGUCCUCAGUGUGGAAAGAGUUUUACACAGAAAAGUUAUCUUGAGGAGCACAUUAGAAUUCACACUGGAGAGCGUCCAUACACAUGUACUCAUUGUGGAAAGAGUUUCACAAAGCAAAAUCAUCUUAAGGUACACAUUAGAAUUCACACUGCAGAGCGUCCAUACUCAUGCCAUCAGUGUGGAAAGAGUUUUAAACACAAAACAACGGUUGAUGAGCACAUGAAAAUUCACAGUGAAGAGCGUCCUUACUCAUGUCUUAAGUGUGAAAAGAGUUUCAAACGCAAAUUAUCGCUUGAGGUCCACAUGAUAAUUCACACUGAAGAUCGUCCAUACCCAUGUCUUCAGUGUGGAAAGAGUUUUAAAGAGAGAUCGAUGCUUGAGGUUCACAUGAGAAUUCACAGUGAAGAGCGCCCAUACGUAUGUCCUCAGUGUGGAAAGAGAUUCAACCACAUAUCAACGCUUGAGGAACACAUGAGAAUUCACACUGGAGAGCGACCAUACCCGUGUCCUCAGUGUGGAAAGAGAUUCAGACAGAAAAAUAAUCUUAAUGUCCACAUGAGGGUUCACACCGGAGAGCGUCCAUACACGUGUCCUCAGUGUGGAAAGAGUCAGACAGAANCUCAGUGUGGAAAGAGAUUCAGACAGAGAUCAACGUUUAACGUUCACAUGAGAAUUCACACUGGCGAGCGCCGAUACACGUGUACUCAGUGUGGAAAGAGUUUCAGACAGAAAAGUCAUCUAAAUGUCCACAUGAGGGUUCACACUGGUGAGCGUCCAUACACGUGUCCUCAGUGUGGAAAGAGUUUCAAACAGAAAACACGUCUGGAGGCGCACAAGAAAAUUCACACCAGAGACCGUCCAUAUGCUUGUCCUCAGUGUGGAAAGAGUUUCAAACAGAGAUCAACACUUGAGGAGCACAUUAGAGUUCACACUGGAGAGCGUCCAUACACAUGUCCUCAGUGUGGAAAGAGUUUCAGACAGAAAUCAACGCUUAAGGAUCACAUGAGAAUUCACACCGAAGAGCGUCCAUACACAUGUCCUCAGUGUGGAAAGGGUUUCAUACAGAAAUCAACGCUUAAUGAUCACAUGAGAAUUCACACUGGAGAGCGCCCAUACCCGUGUCCUCAGUGUGGAAAAGGUUUCAAACGCAAAACAACGCUUAAGGAGCACAUGGGAAUUCACACUGGAGAGUGCCCAUACCCGUGUCCUCAGUGUGGAAAAGGUUUCAACCUCAAAUCAAUGCUUGAGAGGCACAUUAGGAUUCACACUGGAGAGCGUCCAUACACGUGUCCUCAGUGUGGAAAGAGUUUCAUACAGAAAUCAACGCUUAAGGAUCACAUGAGAAUUCACACUGGAGAGCGUCCAUACGCGUGUCCUCAGUGUGGAAAGAGUUUCAAACACAAAUCAACGCUUAAGGAUCACAUGAGAAUUCACACUGGAGAGCGUCCAUACACGUGUCCUCAGUGUGGAAAAGGUUUCAAACGCAAAACAACGCUUAAGGAGCACAUGAGAAUUCACACUGGAGAGAGCCCAUAUCCGUGUCCUCAGUGUGGAAACUGUUUCAAACGCAAACUAAUGCUUGAUGAGCACAUGAGAAUUCACACUGUUGAGCGUCCAUGAACAUGUCUUCAGUGUGGAAAGAGUUUUCAUCAUAAAUUGUAGAUUUGCUGUUAAUUUACUCAUCAAUAUUGUUGUAUUUGAUGCACAUGUUAAAAAGGGACUGAGAAAGGAUUUGUAUUUGUCCUUUCACCGUGAACCUAUAAAGUAUGACAUGCAUAUUUUGAUUGUUCAAGGUCUACAGAAAAAACAAGAGAAAAUCAGGAUCAGACCAAGCGUAGAACCAAGCCUUCAGAAAUCAACGAGUGAUAUGAUUUCCAAAGCUACGCAAGGUAGAUUUGUCAUCAAGAACGUAUCAAUAAAAAGUUAAUGAGACUUGCAAGGGAAAUAUUAGUAGAUAAUAAUUUUUGUUCUAACAGAAGUGGCCACAGCCAAGGUUGACUCUUUGGCUUUGACUGAAGAAUUAGCGCUGGCCGUUGAUUUAGAUUGUACCUUGUAAUGAUGCUUACGCUUAUACAACAUAUAGAAGUUGCAAACUAUUGUCUUGACACCUCCGCUCAGAAGAAUAAGGGUGAAAAGGUCAGCGGUUAACUGCUUUUGCAUUGGAACAUAGUUUGUGUAUAUGAAGACUCCUAUGUAUGUUCAUUUAUGGGGGGAAACAGAUGUCAACUGCCAUACCCGAGAUCUUAUCUCCAUUGUGGUUUAAGGGUGUCGUUGCUUUGGUAAUCUGUUUAUGCUUAGGUAGAAGAUGUAUGUCUAGAAUAGUUUCCACGAUGUGUAGGGCCCAAAUAAGGGAUGUAUAUCCUGGCACAUGACCCCUCUGUAUAACGGGGGCUCUAUAAACAGACUGUCCUCCCAAAAAAACAACCCAGUCGGUUGUUUGUACAAGUACCUUAUUACGACCAACAGUUACGUAUUAAGGAUGAGCGCCCUGUAGCACCAGCAGCUUAUUAUGAAGUACAGUCAUUCCAUUGCUUUAGCUUGUUCACUUUUUAUGCAUUUAAUUCUUCAUAUUUGUUAUAGUAUCAAUAAUUUCAUCAAUAUUUAUAGUUUAAAAGAUAUUUUUGAACCCCUAACCCAACCCCCACCCUAAAACCUAAAUACUACUCAACCAUACAAAAUGCAACACGUGGGAAUGUACAGUCACCGGUAUUUAUUGCAUACAUUGACAAACAAACAGUAUAUUACAAAACAACUUGUGUUGCAAACCUUCUAAAUUGAAGCCAGAAAUAAGUUUAGACGAAGAUUGUCCAUGUAUGCAACGCAUGUAGGCAGAGCUCGUUUAGACUGACGUAAUGACACAAUCGAAUAGGCUUGUU